GCAAUCUCCGCACACAGCAUUAUCUAAGCCAUGGACCGUUACCCCCACCGACCUAAAUGCACGCCGUAUAAAUGGUCAGAACACCUUCUAACCACUGUCAGUGAGCGUAUGUAUCUAAUCUCGUCUUUCUGCAACGUGCAACAUUCUGUGAAAAGAGUGCGCGAUCUUUUCGGAUCUUUUGACUUCAUCACUUAUGAUUUCUUUUGAUUAAUUACGAAAUUCUCUUUCGAUACAAUGCAUCUCGAUGAUUCAUAAGAAUUGAUGUAAUCCUCAUGAUUACUAAUGAUUACUAAUGAUUAAUAAUGACUACACAAAAGUUCAAAGCGAGACAGGUGAUCGUCAUCACUGUCUGCAAUGAAAUAUAAAUAUUGAUCAAAGCUAAUAAAAAUCAAAAUAAUAGUGCAAAGUUGAAAUCCUCGAGCGAAAUUAUGAAGUGCAGAUAUUUCGGAGUUAUCGAAUGGUCUUGCAAAGCUGGACGUCCAAGAGUGGUCCAAAUAUCGUGUUGGAUGUUUAUCUUGUUGAUUAUUUGUUCACGACGGACUCAUUCAUUGGUUUUUGACAAUACGACGGAUCUUUUUGUUGAAAAAUGUCAAACGGAAUGUAGUUUAAAGAAAGAUUUUGCAACUUGCAGCAAAUACAAAGUUGUGAGGUGGUUGAACACAAUAGUAAGAGAAAAGGAAUUUAGUUAUGGGCCAUUUCGAAUAAUAAGGAUACCAGCGAUUUACAAGCAAUCUUUUUUGCCUUAUUUACCACGUUCUCGAGCAUUUAAAAGUGGGAUAACGGAAGUUCUGAAUUUUGUUAGAGAUAGUAUAGAGGAUUUAUUAACAAAACGUGCCAUUGUAUGUACAGUAGAUAAUUCGAUAACUGCCAGAGACUUCUCCUCAAAUCUAAUGUUUAUGGACGAGGACGAACUUGAACGAUUGAAGCAAAGCAAAGAACCAGAAGGCGAUUGGCGAAUUUUUAAGAAGAAGAAGUCUAUAAUCUUACCCGUUCUCAUAUUAUUAAAUUUAAUAAAACUAAAACUACUGCUACUGCCAAUUUUUCUAGGAGUUCAUUUUAUCAAAAAGCUUCUCGUACUUGGAUCGUUAAUUUUACCAUCAAUAUUUGCGCAUUUAAAGAUUUGCAAAGUACAACAUCCUCAUACGCAUCAUUCACAUCCUUUCCAUUUAUGGUCCACUGCAGCGGACUCGACAGCAGAUUAUCCAACAGGAUACGGACAAGAUGACACUAACUGGCACAGAAACGAUUACCAGCUGGGAUAUCCAAGUUAUCAAAUACUUCGUAAUCCAUACGGGUGAAAAUCAUCGUAGAUUAGUAUCGUGACCAACAAGAAUUUCGUAUUUGUUAUCUUUCGAUAAUCUUUGGCCCGACGUGUUAAUUAUAUAUAUCGAGACACGUAAAAUUUUUAACAUUUUAACGAGAAGUGCAAUUACUAGAUUAAUCUAAUUAUGGUCCGUGUAAUCUCAGUAAUUUUCCGUAAAAUUGCUCAUGGCGGUCAUAGUGAAUUAAUACGUGCUGAAUGAACGUCGCCAAGCACUUAUCUCGGCUACGUUCAUUCGUCGCUCAUUCUAGCAACGAACACUCGGCGAAAUAACUUUCACAUAGUUUACCGUUAUUUAAGGUACCUAUCGAUAAAUUUGUAAGCCUUUGCAGCUUGCAGAUUUUAAGAAAGGAUAUAGUGUUAACGAUACAUCCGGCUCUUUCUUAAAAUUCAUAUUAAACAAAUGGGAACGCAUGAAAGAGGAUAAAAUACCUGUUUUCUUUAAAUUUAAAAAAUUUAUAAUUUAUGCAACUUUCUAUCCUUUAUCUCUUCUAUCCUUUUAUAUUAUUUAUUGCUAAUUCCACGUUAAAAUUACGUCGGAUAUGUGUUCAUUGCUGGUUAACUCUGAUUCAUUAUAAUUCGAUAACAUUAAUACAAAAUAUUUUCUUAAUGCAAAACUGUAAUCUUCCAGAAGAAGUUUAUUUUUAAAAUAUCGUGCAUAAAAAAAUACCUCUCAGCUAUAAUCAAAAGACUUAUAAAAUUAAUAUCCCGACAUAGAUUAAAGAUACAAUACUUCUUUUAAGUGUAGCACUAAUAAAAUAAAAAAUGUGACUGAGAAAAUGCA